CUUUAGGCUGCCGGAUGUCUGCUCUCCGGAUAACCGAGGCGUUUCUGUACAUGGAUUAUCUGGUCACAUUUUUUUUAUUAGGGUGAAAUUAGAGAGAUUUUUCAUUUUGGUGGCUGGAAAGUACACCCAGCUGAAAACCAUCAACCAUUUAGACUCCAUGCUUCAUUUGAAUUGUGAUUCUGGACGCAAGUCAAGGAUGACAACUUGUUUUCGAGCACUUUGCUGCAAGGGACCACCACCUGCACGCCCUGAAUAUGAUUUGGUUUGCAUAGGUCUCACAGGCUCUGGCAAGACCAGUCUGUUGUCUAAACUCUGCAGCGAGAGCCCCGACAACGUUGUGUCAACCACAGGUUUUAGUAUAAAGGCAGUGCCAUUCCAGAAUGCCAUCUUGAAUGUAAAAGAACUUGGAGGAGCUGAUAAUAUCCGGAAAUACUGGAGCCGCUAUUACCAGGGAUCUCAAGGAGUAAUAUUUGUAUUGGACAGCGCCUCUUCAGAGGAUGAUCUAGAGACUGCUAGAAACGAGCUGCACUCAGCUCUGCAGCACCCACAGCUAUGCACUCUGCCCUUUUUGAUAUUGGCCAACCAUCAAGACAAGCCCGCAGCUCGCUCAGUACAAGAGAUCAAAAAAUACUUUGAGCUUGAACCACUUGCACGUGGAAAACGCUGGAUCCUGCAGCCCUGCUCUCUAGAUGACGUGGAUGCCCUGAAAGACAGCUUCUCCCAGCUCAUAAACUCGUUAGAAGAAAAAGAGCAUGAGGCGAUGAGAAUGUGAAAGCCGACAUAGAGUUCCCCAAAAGCCUUGAACCCGUCAUGUUAGCUUUCCACUCUAAUUCCAUGUUGCCAUCAAGACUGUCAUGGCUUUGGUAUCUGUUUCCCUCUAGCUAUUUCAGACUCUCAUCUCUCUGUUAGAGUGACCAUUCUGUAAGUCAGGUGAACUAUCAUCGGCAUUAACGGCAAGUACACACUACUGAGAGAGAAUUUAUUCUCUGUUUACCACUAACUACCUUCAUCGCAUGUCUCUUCCUUCUGUUGGUCUGAGAAUCUCUUCUGUACUUUAUGCUAAAGUGGAUGGAACUCACGGCUCACGGAGACGAAUCCCCUUCUGAAGAUCUCGGAAAGACUCCCAGCUCUUCACUAGCUGUCCCUGGGCUUGGGAUUGGAGGAUUGUAACUGUGACUCCAUACGAUGUGUAUGCCAUUGCCAUUUUCAUCAUCUCUUAGGGGUUCGAGUUUUUUACAUUUUAUCUUGUCUGUUUUUCAUAUUAUUAUUUUUGUGUGUUUGUGGAUAUUGACUUUGUAGGCUAUGAGUGAAAAAUGACCACCCAAAACGUCACUCGAUCUUUUUUUUCGUGAAACUGACACUGAAAAGCCGAGAGAGCAGAUGUGCAAGGAUUGCUUGAUUUGGCCUGCCGCCUUGUCCCCUCCCUUAGGAGCAAAGAGUCCUAGUUGAGAGAGUCGGAGCAAAUUUAGGCAAGAGCAGGCAUCACUGAUUCCCAGUUGAUCAAGUCCUCAGCUACUUCUGUUGGAGUCACUAGUCUGCAUAAAAACCCAGCUGCAACAUAAGCAUUUUUUUUUCUAAAAAAAUCAGAAACGUAUGAAUGAAAUCAAGAAAAUGACUUUUCAAACAAACAUGGCCAAAGCAUAAUUCACAGUUUAGAUUUAACCUGGCAUGGAUUUGAUAAAGCUCAAAGACGAACCCUUUUAUUUAUUCAUCAAGUGCUAAUGUCGCCUAGGGGAGUCUAGCCAGACCUCCAUUUAGUAGUUAAAGGUCUGUCAGUAUUUUUAUUAUAAACCCCUAUUUUCAGGGGUGUCAGUGUGCCCUUAGAGUAUGCUGGGCUACAGCAAACAAAUAGACUCAGUCUUUGAAACUAAAGUUUUCCACUUAACUUAAAUGAUAAAAUUGCAUAGAAUAAAUGUACAGUUUUAGUAAGAUUCAGCACCUCUGACCUUUUCUAAACCAGGAAUACUCUAUGAAUAUUGAGGUUCAUAAAUGAAAUAUAUCCUUUGGCACAUCUUGUAGACUUUUGACCACUUACUAAAAUACUAAGUGGCCAAAUGAUAGAAAACUGCUCCUCACACCCACCCACCCACACACUAACACGUCUGUCAUCCUUAGGUAAGCGUGCACUGGCACGCAGACGCCCCAGCCUCAGUGCCAUAUUUAUUACAGGGUGACGGGGAACCUUGUGACUCUCCAGGGGAUAGUCUUCAGACCCCUCACAGCGCCCAGAUGAAGUAUUUGUGAUUUCAUCUUGUAAGUGGAUUUUAAUAAAAUCGAGCUCAUACUUCUUUAAGCCUUUUUAAAUACAUGGACACAGACCAGAUAAGGAUCCGUGAUGAACCCACGGACAGCACAGACCUUUAAUCCUAGUGACCAGUUACACAAUUCCCGGUUUUUAUUUUGUCCUCUAGUGCUCAUCUCCUGUGAAAGUAAACAAAUAAAUGAUUUUGUUUUCAAGCUUUGCUCUCCCUGCAAGUUCAUUAAAUGGAGAAUGUUGUCUUUUGAAGAUCCUGUGGCUGAGUGCUCCUCGCCAUCUGUUAAAUGACUUCCCGUUGUCUGUGUGUGUUCAUGUGCGCCAGUGAUGGGCUUCUCCACAGCCCGGAGACUGUCUGCAGCGUCGCAGCCGUCAGAAUGAAAACAUUAUCAAUCAGUGCCCAACAACAGCUGUUUUUGACAAGUUUCUGUCUGACGCCUAAUGCUUCACAACUGUCAAUAGGCUCUUUCUUUGUCUAGCAGGUCGGAGCGCGCUGUCUUACUGCUUCCUCUUGGCACCCUGGAUUCUGUAACCCUAGAAUUUGCUGUGUUUGAGAAACCUACAUGGGGGAGGGGAGAGGAAAGGGCAGGGGCUAUGCAUCUUGUUCUUACUUUUGUGUAAAGUGCCACAGGUGUCUUAGUUUGCAUAUUCAAAUAUAUAGAAAAACAGUCUGAUGUGUAUUUCUUCAGUCAGCCUCUUGUUAUAUUUAUGGAAGUGACCCAUUUUUGUACCUUCUUAGCUGAAACAGUUGCCUCUUUUUAUACUGGCAAUUAAUUUAUAUAAGACUUUGUAUCUCCUGUAUUUACAGUAUUGGUUGCUGGAUAACUGCCAUAUCACCCUGUCUUUCUAGUGAAAUAUACUCUAUACUUAGAAGUUGACAGGUUCAUGUGGACAUUUGCUAGGCAAGAAGAACUUGCCCUGUUUAUGAUUUUAUGAUUUCCACUGUCUUGCAAUGAAAAUAAAUGCUUAGUAGAA